UGCUGCUGCGUGGUGUCCGAGCUCGCCACCAUGACGAGUUCUACUGGUACCUCGUGUCACUGCUGGAUCUAGCAUCAAGACCAUGGGUGGCAGAGGGUGCCGCCUGAGUUGAGCUAGAAAGUAACCGGAGAGAGGUUGUUUGCUCACUCGUGGUUUGAAAUCCCUCAGUAGCACGGCGGCUGACCUAGCUUGUACGCGACACUGCUGCAACAGCAAUAGGAAGGGGGUAUCAAAGCUCAAGCCUGAGCUCCUGAGCUUCGGGUGCAGCACGGACGAGAUGACGAGUUUAGGGUCUUUUCCACACGACUUUAAGCAUUGCGCUAGCUCGCUGGACCGUAGCUGUGGGAUGACUCCAGGUUGGGUCCAGUCAGCAGGCUUGACUCAGAACUUGCUCCCGACCAGGGGGCAGCAGCAACAUCGGCGGUCGUUACAUCAGCUGCAGGGGCGGAGCAGAUGUCGAGGGGACAGGGUAAAUCGUGGGAAAUGCUCAACCGUACUAGGUCUUUACUCCGACUUGGGUGGCGGUGGCGUUGUGGGCCUCCAGCGGCAGCUAUCUCGACAGCGGCAGCGGCAACGGCGGCGGCGGCGGCGGCGGCCGUUUUCUCCGGAACGAUCCCAAGAACGGUCCAACGGACCGCCGCCUCACAGAGAAUCGGCCGCUGUCACCACCACCACCACCACCAUGGCCUUGUCCAGCAGCAACUCCAGGUCGUCGAUGAUGCCGGUGGAAGGGCCGGGCGGUGCCCGGCCCUCGGAGAUCUCGGUGGACCCCUUUCCCAACACGGCUAGCGCCAACGCCUCCGGCGGUGGUGGUGUUCCAGGGCCCAGCGUGCCGGGCGCGACGGCCGCUGUGGUCCGAGGGGACAUCGCGAACGGGGUGGACAUGUUCUUGGAAUGCAUGUCGCGGCGGCGCCUAAAGCUAGCGGCGGCGACAGCGGCAGCCUCGCCAAAGCAGGGAGGGGUGCUGGCCUGUAACGUGUUCCUUCGCGCGCUGGGGGACGCCGGGAGGAUAGAUGACUGCGUUGCGGCCUACGAGGCCAUGGUGGCGUGCCAGCUCCGCCCCACAAUCGUCACGUUCUCCACCCUCAUCUCCCGGGCUGGGGCGUGUCGGAGGGUCCGUUUGGCGGAGAGAUUUUUCAGGGAGAUGCUCGAGGCGGGAAUCACCCCGGACGUCCAGGCCAUCAAUUCCCUCAUCAAUGCUUUUGCGAAGGCGGGCAGUCUGGAUCAGGCGCUUAAGGUUUUCGACCAGAUGUCUCGCUACGGCGUGACCCCUUCCGUGAUCACCUUCAACACCCUAAUCGACGCGUGCGGUAGAGCCGGCGACAUCGACCAGGCGCGGCAGGUGUUCUCCCGCCUCUCCCAGGCGGGCCUCAGCCCCAACGACAGGACGUUUUCGGCCCUGAUCCACUCCCACGCCGUACAGGGACAGGUCGACGAGGCGUUCUCUUGGCUGCAGGAGAUGCGGGCGAGGGGUCUGGAGCCCAACCGCGUCACGUACUCGGCGCUGAUCAACGCGUGCGGCCGGGCGGGGCAGCUCGCGAGGGCGUUCCAGACCCUGGACGAGAUGUUCGGGACGGGGAUUGAGCCCAACGUGGUCACGUGGACCACCCUCAUCGACGCGUGCGGGAAGGGAAAGGAGCUGGAGUGGAGCUUCAAGCUGUUCAAGGAGAUGCGAGAGAGGGGCACGGUGCCCAACGGGGUUACCUGCUCGGCGCUGAUGGACGCGUGCCUCAAGGCAGACGAGCUCGACCUUGCCUUCGCCGUGCUGGAGCACAUGCUCGACGUCGGCAUAGCGCCCACGGAGGUCACUUACACGUCCUUGCUGACGCAGUGCGCAAGGUUGGGCCAGGCGGACAGGGCGGGGAUGGUCCUCGACGAGUUGAACAAAAGGCGACCGAGCAGAAGCAGCAGCGGCGGCGGUAGUGGCCGAAAUGGCGAUAAAAACGCCGCCGAGUCCGUGAGAGAAGUCGGACACGUCGACAGCGACACGCGCAGCAGCAACGGCAGAGGCAAGGGUGUCGGUGAUGUCGCGCGGAAGGGGGCUGCUGGAAGGGGACCAGCCACGGCAAUGGCUGGAACUAUUUCGGCUGCUCCAGCUGGCAACGAGAACGUGACGGAGGCGUUUUUAUCUACAAGGGCGGGGACAACACCGGGGCCAGCGGGGAUUGAAACCAUCGCGGGACCCAACCCUUGGCCCCCCUCGAUGGCAACGGCGGAAGCGAUAAUGCCGGGGGGUGCUACUAUUGGAGAAGAAGCAAGCGGGGAGACUGCAACAACACAGGGAGGAGGCGCUUGGAGGAUGAACCGCAAGCUGGAGAGCGACCUCCUCCAGCUCUUCGGCCAGGCGGACCAGGUCGACGCUGCGUUCAAGGUGCUGGAAGGGAUGGUGGAGAGGCGAGACUCUCCGGACGGUGAAACUUGGCUGCUGCUGCUCAACGCCGUCGACACCGCCGGAGCCCUAGACAAGGCCGUGGAGCUCAUGGAACGCGCCAGGGCGGAGGGCCACGGCUCGGAGAUUAACGAGCUUACCUACUCGGCGCUCCUAGGAGCAUGCGGCCGCGCCAAGAAGCUAGCCCGGGCCUUUCGGAUUGUGCAGAGCAUGAGGGAGACAGGCGUGAAGCCGACGGAGGGGACGUACUUGGCUCUGAUGGAAGUGUGUCGGCACAGCCGGGACAGUAAGGCGGCGGUAGAGGUGUUCGAGGCCAUGGAGACGGAGGGAGUGCGCCCGGGCGUGCGGAGCUACACGUCCUUACUGAAGGCGAUCUCCGAAGAAAACACCCUUCGCACCCGCGCCCUGCAGCGCACGAGAAUGCUGGAGACGCGUAGGUCGCCGCCCUCUUCUUCCGCGGUGCGUAAACCCGCCGAGGACUCUUCCGAAGCCGCUGCCGCCACCGCUCCCGGUGCCCCCGCCCAAAGCUCGCCACUUCCAUCGACAGCGCCAGGCACGACUAGUGGCGGUGCCUCAAGCGUACCGCGAGGUGGAGUGGACGGUCGUGGAAAGUCGUUGGACGUUCGGGCCGAUGCGGCGGUAACGACCAAGGUGGUCGCCGGGGGCGGGAAAGGACCGGCUGCGGCGGCGACCCGGGCCCACGCGAAAGAGGAACAUUCGGUCAUCGCCGCGUGGAGUUCUUCAUCUUCCGGAAGAGGCACCGCAGGACCGGCGACAAAAGAAGGAGGGGUGGGGGGUUACCCAUCCAGCGGUCGGUCCGAAGCUUCUCUCCGCAGCCCCACCGCCGAUCCAACCAAGUUGUCACGAGCACCGUCGUCGACGUCCUCGGACAAUGCCAACCCUGCCCUGGACAACCUUUUCCGGGUGUUCCUCGUGUUCCAGGAGAUGCGGAGCAGGGGGGUACGGCCCGACUUGCGCGCAUACAACGCGUUGGUCAACACGUGUGCGGACCUCGGCGAGUUCGACCGCGCCCAAGGGGUGGUUCGCCUGAUGGUGGACGACGGGGAAGGGGGAUGUCUCCAGCCGGAUGCGGUGACGUACACGUGCCUGAUAAAGGCGGCCGCGAGGGCUGUCCCUCCAAGGGUGGAAGAGGCGGAAGAGAUUUUCGCGACGAUGCAGCAGCGGACGAACCAUUUCUCGACCUUCGCCCGCCCCACGGAGGUGACGUACGCGCACCUCAUGAGGGCCUCGGUCAUGGCGGAGGACUACGGGCGCGCCCUCGAGAUCUGGCGGCAGCAGCUGUCCGCCGGGGUCGCCCCCGGGCCCCGCUCGACGCGGGCGGCGUUGGCGGCAUGCGGGGGGGCCGGGGAUGUGGACACCGCCCUCCAGGUCUACGACGUGAUGCGCGAAGCCGGCAUCCGACCGAACAGCCGCGCCUUGCUCGACCUGGUCAAUCUCUGCCGCGCCAACGGCCUGCAGAGCGUUGCGGCUCGCAUUAUGCGGGAGCGUAGCAAGAUCGCCGCCACCACCAGCAGACGCAAGAGCAACGUUUCGAUGCGAAGAAAUUCCGCCGGCAGCACCUCCCGCAAAAGAAACAAAAGCACCAGAAACACGAGCAGCGCCAACAGAGGUAGCAGCACCAGCGGAUACAGCAAGAGUGGCGGCAACAGAAGUAGCAGCAGCAAUGGCGGCGGCAGCAAGACUGGUACUUGAAAUAUGGGCGAUUUGCAGCCCCACCAGUGGUGGCAAGCAGCACUUGAAUGCGCAGCCGUGCGAAGAAUGGAUAUCGUCGGCAGAAACACCUACUGGCACUGAGACUCCCUGUAGCACCGGACGCGCUCGUCAAAGUGCCGCAAGGACGGCGGCUGACAACGAUGACAAGCACCGACGGCCAAGGCUUGGCCUAACGGAUGUUGCUAAUAGGCGUGGAAAUAUCUCGGCAAGGGAACGGGACAACAAGGACCUAUGCCAUACAUAAGGGUGCAGCCGGCGUCCGCGGUAUGUGCGGGCUUGAGUCCGAAGAUGGGAAAGUGCGAUCAUGAACGAACAUCGAUGCACGUGGAGGAGUUCCCCGCCCACUUUGUCGGAGGAGCUGCGCCCCGGCGAUUGAGCACGGUUGGUUCGCCGCGAACACACCUGCUCUUUCACUGGGGCUUCGACAGAAUCGCGAUGGCCCAUACGUGGGCAGCGGUUUCCCUCAGGGACAGGGCGUUGGGGUUCGACAACCCCCCCCAUUCUAUCUUUGAGCCAGCCGCGGGCACUCCGAUAUUGCCACCGGAGCUUCGAAUUUGUGAAUGAGCGGAGGAGGUAUUGCGGGGGAACGUCGGUAUCUUCCUCCCUGAAGAUGCACGUUCCGAACCCAUACGUUGUGACAGCUACGGCUGUACAUCCCCCGCCCCCCGAGGUUUAAUGUUUGAUGCGAGGCUUGGGCGUGGCUUGUCCUGCUGCAGCAUACCGCCGCUCUUGACAUCCUGUCUCCGGGCCAGGGGGGGGGUGUACUCAUAGUAGUGCAUGUCGUAGUCGUUA